UUUUUUUGCUGGUUUCUUUUGUCAAUUAACAAAUGUAAACAACAUAUCGUUGGGUUUUGAACUGUUGGUCAGACAAAACAAGCAUCACCUUGGGCUUCAGGAAACUGUGAGGGGUAUUUUUCAUUUUCUGACUUUUUUUUUUUAGGUGAAUCAAUUAAUGGAGAAAAUAUUUGACUGAUCAAUCAAAAUGAAAAUAAUAAUUGCAACUCUGCUCUCAAGCCUCUCUUCCUGUUCUUACAUUGCUUCUUCACUAUCAUAGAAGGAAAACCAACAAGUGAACACACUGUUUUAUAUCAUAAAUCAGCCUUUGGUUAUACUGUAAAACGGAGUUGGUAAAAAUGUUCUAAUCAUUGAUAUGGUUCCUCCUCUUCCUCAUAUGUUUUAGCCCUGAGCUCCUUUUCUUCAGAAGUUUAACACUUAACUUGACAGACUCCCACACGCUGGUGACUGAAGUUACAGUUAUAGAUAAACAUGCUCGUCUGGAUAGUGUUUACUGCUGCGAUUUUUCUUGCCCUUUUAUUCUGCCAUCCUCACUUUUUCCAGGAUAUCCAAUAUGUGCGGGCUAAAUCAAAAAUAAGGCGACGCAUCCUAAAAUACAAGCAGACUAAUUACUCCAUCCUGGACCGCUUUUUAGACAGGGUGAAGGCUCAGCCACACAAGCCGUUCAUUCUUUAUAAAGACGAGACUUUUACCUACAAGGACGCUGAUGAUCUCAGUAACAAAGCUGCAAGAGUUUUCCUGCAGAGUGGACUUGUUAAAGAAGGCGACACGGUUGCGCUGUUCCUCGGAAAUGAGCCCAUGUUUCUGUGGCUGUGGUUGGGUUUGGUGAAGAUCGGAUGUGCUGCAGCUUUUCUCAACUACAACAUCAGAUCCAAGUCCCUGUUACACUGCUUCAGCUGCAGCGGGGCCACAACUCUGGUCGCAGCUGAGGACUUACAGGAUGCCGUGGAGGAGGUGCUGCCCAGUCUGUUGGAGCAGCAAGUCACUGUUUUCAUCCUGGCUGACAAAUGCAGAACUGCAGAUGUGGAGAGCUUCAAAGACAAAAUGAGUCAGGCCUCCUCUGAGCCUCUACCCAAGGAUUUAAGGUCACAUUUAACAAUGCUGAGUCCAGCAGCCUACAUAUACACAUCAGGGACAACAGGUUUCCCUAAAGCAGCAGUGGUCACUCAUACCAAACUGUGGGCCACCUCUUUGCUUCUGCUUCUAGCAGGAGUGAACUCCAAAGAUGUGGUUUAUAUUAGCCUCCCUCUCUAUCACAGCGCUGGCUUCCUUGGUUUCACUGGAGCCAUUGAGAGGGGUAUCACAGUGGUUUUAAGGAGUAAAUUUUCUGCAUCUCAGUUCUGGGACGACUGCAGAAAAUAUAAUGUCACAGUCAUACAGUACAUAGGGGAAAUUCUGCGAUACCUCUGCAAUACGCCAAAGAAAUUCAACGAUCGAAGCCACAAAGUAAGACUUGCGGUAGGCAACGGGCUCAGGGCAGAUGUUUGGAGGGACUUCAUAAGCAGGUUUGGAAACGUUCAAAUCAGAGAGUUUUAUGGAGCAACAGAAGGGAAUUUUUCUUUCCUGAAUUACAGCGGAAAGAUAGGAGCUGUUGGUCGAGACACCUUCAUCCACAAGAGAUAUUUUCCGUACGCUCUAAUCAAAUACGACAUAGAUAAAGGAGGGCCUUUGAGGGAUUCUUCUGGUUUCUGCAUAGAGGCUGCCAAAGGUGAGCCUGGACUUCUGGUAAGUGAAAUAUCAACGAAUGCUCCGUUCUAUGGUUAUGCGAGAGACCUGCAGCAAACUGAGAAGAAGAAGCUGCAUAAUGUCCACAAGAAAGGAGACGUGUACUUCAACACUGGUGACCUGCUACUCAUCGAUCAAGAUAAUUUUAUUUACUUUCAGGAUCGAAUUGGAGACACUUUCAGAUGGAAAGGAGAGAACGUGGCUACAACUGAGGUGGCUGACAUCAUCACACUGGUUGACUGCAUUAAAGAAGCCAACGUGUAUGGAGUUGAAGUGCCAGGUCAGGAGGGGAGAGCUGGAAUGGCUGCCGUUACUUUACGUGAAGGACAGAGAUUUGACUCUGCAGGUGUUUUUAAACAUGUCGAAAACUUCCUGCCGGCCUACGCAAGACCGCGUUUUAUGAGGAUUCAGAGUUCCUUGGAAGUUACAGGCACGUUCAAGCAUCUGAAGGUGAAGCUGGUGGAGGAGGGCUUUAACCCAAAUCAAAUAACGGAUCCACUCUACUUUCUGGAUGAAAAAGACAAGAAUUACGUCCCACUUACGCUGGACAUAUUCGAUUUAGUUACAUCAGGGAAGAUCAAAAUUUAAAGUGGCUUUCAUUGCCUCUCUGUUAAAGGAAAAAUCCACCUGCUUCCACUGUAACACAUCACCCACUUGUGAUGUUCAGCACAUUUGAGGGGAUGUUGUGUGAUUUAUCUUUAUCUCUAUACUAUUGUACUUCUACUUCAGCAGUAAUUUCACAUAUCCCUAAAUGACUUUCAUUCUCCUCCAGAGAGCAUGUAUACAUACUGUAUACAUAUGUACAGUUAACAAGUGUAGCGACAGUUUCACUUAGAGCAAGAAAGCAAGUUUUUCCAGUUGAGUAAACAGCUGAGCUCCUUACUUAAACAGUGACUUCUUGCUACAUGUCGUACUGAUCUAUUGAGGCUAUUGUCAGCGUAGGAGCAGGAAUAUCUGCCUUGUAUGCAAAAGAUUUCUUCUUGUAUGAUUGUUGUUACGCCUCCUUCCUCUCUUCAGGGCUGAUCGGAAAAAAUACCCUUUUCUCUGAUUUUUCUCGUCAAUAGUGCGAUUUAAAUUGCUCUUAUUUUCUAUAAAUGAAACUCCAGGCAUUUAUUUGUGAUCUACAUAGUUUUAAACAAGAUAUGAUUGUAGCAAUCAUAAGCACAAGUUCAUCUUGUUUCUACUUAAAUAAAAUAAGAUUAAGUAA